AUGGAUCUUCUUCGCAGGCUAGAGCGGAUGACCGCUUAUGGGGUUUUCACCAAUCCGAAAGACCUUGAUAAAGUGAAGGAGCUCUUGCAGUUCGCAGAGUCGAACCGCGGUCUCCCGUACAUGCUCAAAGAGCCACGCAUACUGGCCGAGCGGCAUGAAGCGGGCAUUCGACAUGCUGAGCAGCAAAUGCAGGUGCACCAGCCACCAGGCACCGACGUUGUUGUGAUCGGGAAGCCAUACCUGCCGUGUACCGAGCCAGUAUCACAGCUGGAGAAGAUCGCGCUGGCCGAGUUGAAGACUGAAACGCACCACCGCGGCAAGUUCCUCUUAGUCCGUCGAACGAUGGACUGGAUCUUUACGAAGACGAGUGUGGCAGCCGUAAUCGUGGAUGAUUCCGGGAUCGCAGACGUCGUGAAGCUCACAAUGGGUUGCCAAGGGCUGAACAACGACACACUCUUGCCAAAGGACCAGGCAAUCGUGGUCAAGGAGCCUUAUUACUCCUUCGAGGAGGAGAAGCUUGGUGUCGUCAUCGUCGAACAUCCAUGCGACAUCGUACUUGUGGACUUGGACAAUUCCAUAGUGCCGACGGCUCUCCGACAAAUCGAUUGCCUCCAUGCGUCAAAGACCGGGACUGCGCUGGCGUUGAAGAAUCAGGGCAACGAACACUUCAAGCGUGGCGAGUACCACCAGUCGUUGAAACUUUACACGAGAGCCUUCGAUGCUGUCGAUCCCAACGACUUCGCGCUUCGCUGCGACAUUCUCCGGAAUCGUGCUCAGACAAACAUCCAUCUGUCUCGCUUCGACGCCGCAGAGGAAGAUGCUCUCUCCGCCAUGCUGUCCAACUCUCAUGAUCAGGCCAAGAAGCUCGACGUCAAAGCUUGGUUCCGUGCCGGGUUUGCAAACUACCAGCUUCGUCGGUUCUCUCAAGCACAGUCGCACUUUCAAAGCCUGCUCGAGCUGUGCCCGCAUGAUGCAGAGGCAACCAAGAUGAUGGCUCGUGUCCAAAGUCGUCUUGCAGAGCAGAGUUCAGGACACGACGACUUUGAACGCAUCGUGCGGAACCUCUCCAACGCGCAGCCAAGGGUUGACGUUGCUGAUCACACCAAGAAGACGGAGGUGAAGCAGAGCGACCAAGGGCGUGGCAGAGGGCUCUUUGCAACCGAGGACAUCAAGCCAAGGCGGUCUGAUACUGUCGCGGUCUUCUCAGAUGAGGGCAACUCUACCCUGUUCACCAAAUGGGAUGUGCGGGCAGACGAUGCUUUCGUGUCCAACAUUGAGCUUUGGCGCAGUGUGGUCAAGAAGCUUUCGGACAAUCCUUCACUUCUCAAGCAGGUCACCUCGCUGCACAGUGGUCAUGCCGGCCUGGGAACCUCGAAGCUGGAAGUCGACGGAAACGUCGUCGUCGACACGUUCCAAAUCCAUGACAUCGUGGCGAGGAAUGCCUUUGGCAUGGCCCGGCCUUCUCAUGUGCGUAAGAGCGAUGAGUUUGGUGUUUGUGAGGCCCACGAUGACAAUCGUGCGACCCACGGAAUCUGGUGUCACACAUCGUACCUCAACCACUCAUGUGUCCCGAACGCUAACAGAGUGUUCCUCGGGGACCUGAUCCUCGUUCGAGCUGUUGGAGACAUCGCAAGAGGUGAAGAGCUCACGCUGGGAUACUGUUCGCACGGUGAGUAUGAGGAGCGAAGGCAAAACAUGAAAUCGAUAUGGAGGUUUGACUGCCAAUGCCCACUGUGCUCCGCUGAAGGUCUUGACGGAGAAGCUCUGCGAAAGAGUCGUGAACGGCUUGGUGGAGAAGUUCGGUCCGUGCUGCAAAUGCCGGAAGGCACAAAUGACGACGACGUAUCCGAAGCGGAGUUUGAUGCCGUUCAAGCCCAGAAGAUCCAGCACGUUGUCGCAUUCAAGGCCACUUACCCUGCGAAGCGCUACAUCGGACUUCCGAAAUACGCUUUGCACUUCCCUCAGCAAUGGAUCGCCAAUACUUACUACAACAGAGGCAUGGACGACAAGGCGCUGGUGGCCAUAUGCGACUACUUCAAGUCGCUGGGCUACUUGGAAGCCAGGAUCGGGUCAGACGGCGUUGUCCUGAAGGCGUCCAAGCAUGCCACAGUCACUCGAGAUGCAGUUCGCUUGCUUGGUCUGGCAGUCAGAAUCGAAGCGUCACGAGCGCCCACUUCGAAAGGGCAUGCACAAGCAGCACUCAAGCUCGAGCAAUUGGCCAAGAAGCUUUACCUCACAGUCAAUGGCGUGGAGGCUGGCUAUAAGCCGAGAUUGAUCUGCCAAGGUCCUUCAGGUAUGUUGGAGAAUGCGGCCGAUCUGCUUGGGUCUGGAAGGAAAGCGACGUUUUUGCCCAUGGUCGGAGGUCGUCAAAUGUAG